AUGGACUGGUGGAGCAGGCAAGGAAAGUGGCGUACAAAGAUAGGAGGACGGGUCAAUGCCCUGGACGUCGACGUGCAGCCUGUUGAGCCUCUGCGAGAGAUGACCGUGGCCAACCUUGCCCACGGCCUUGAUCGCGUCCUCUUCAAUCCUGGCAUACACUGGCUCCGAGACACAAGAUCAGGCAUCUACAACUACGAUCCCCGCAUUCGCAACCUGCUCGAUGUAGACCUUUUCGACUACGCUGCGCUGCCGCCCUACGUCACGUCGAGCCAAGACAAGGAGCUAGCGCAGCUCGUGAGACGAGAAGGCAAGCGAUACAGUGGGAGCACGAGCAGCAUGACGGGUAUGCUCAGCCACGUGUACUUUGCCAUCAGCGCAUGGAGGCAGCCCCAGCUCAAAAACUUCACCGAGGCCUACCAAGGCAUGCCUGGUGGCUUCUCGUUUGGAGCCAAGCUUCCUUCGAGCAUCGUCCUUCGUCGCUUCGCAGACGGAGACGAUGGCCAGCCCCGAUAUGCCAUUGACGCCGACAAGUCCAGCCCUGGCGACGGCGGCGGCGACGACAGCGGCGGUGACAACUCCAAUUACGUCCUAACGCAGCUUGGCAAGAGUAUGGAGAAGAUGCUGACCUCGAGUCCGGAGCAAUACGAGCGCUAUCUGCGCAUCAACAGCCACCAGCUGAGCGAAGAGGAACGCUCAAGGCCAGAGGCCUACCACUACGCCAAGUCAGACAAGUUUGUGAUGCGUUCACAGCUCGACUGCUGGGACGAGCGCUUGCCUCGCAAAUCUUUCGACCUCAAGACUCGUGCUGUCAUUGCAGUUCGACAGGACCGUGCAAAUUGGGUCGAGUCGUCGGGCUAUCAGAUUCGCCACGCCACGGGCCUCUUUGAGUCCUUUGAGCGCGAGAUGUGGGACAUGAACCGAUCGGCCUUUCUCAAAUACUACUUCCAGGCCAGAAUCGGACACAUGGAUGGUAUCUUUGUCGCCUUUCACAGCACAGCCUCAAUGUUUGGCUUCCAGUACAUUCCUCUCGAAGAUAUGGCCGAGAGGGUGUUUGGCAGCUUGGAGAUGGGCGAGCAAGCCUUCCGACUGAGCAUCGGCAUCGCCGAGAAGCUCCUCGAUGCAGCCACGGAGCUCUAUCCCAGCGACACGCUCAAAAUUACCCUCGACGCGGAGCAAAGCCAUGAUCCAGUGCUCAAUGUCUUUGUCGAACCAGAUCGGCCGGAAGAGGAGGGAGCAACGCCUAAGGAUUCAAUCGAGAAGGAAGGAGACGCCGCUUCGGACGACCGAGCUGCGGGUGUUGGCAAGGAUGGAGACAAGACCAGAGAGCCCAGGAUUGUCCAGCUCCAAGUUUCAUUUGACCGCUACCUGUCUGGUGCCCACGUGACGGGGCCCGUCGACUUCAGUGCCCCUCAAGGACGGUCGAUCGAUCACAUUGCGCUCGAUGAGAUCGAACGACGGCGCCACUCGCAGCUUCCUUCGCUCGAAUGGUCGCUGGAAUACUCGAUCUCGCCCUGCCCGCACCUGACGGAAGGCCAGGUGAGGCAGAACCUGGCCAAGGUGCGCAAGAGGCAAGAGGCAGUGGCGCCACUGCUGAUGCCCAAUGUCGAGGCGAUCAACGAGCGGGAAGAGUUCCGCGAGAGGGAGCUUGGCAAAAACCCCGAGGCACUGAAGAGAUUCCUGGAAGACCGGCGAAGCGGAGCCGCAAAGGGCAUGCCAUUGGCACCUGGUCAGAAUCCGAUUCGGGGCGAGACUGAGGGAGAGGGGGCCAAGGGUCCCAGCGGUGAGGUUGGAACGCCGGACAAGGUCGAUGCUGGUGCAGGGCCAGAUGCGGCUGCCGCACCAGAUCGAGCCAACGACACAAAGUGGAAGAAGAUCAACGAGAGCGUCUUGCGCCUCCGCAGACUCGCAAAGCUCGGCCGAGAAGACGCCGAGAAAAGAGAGGACAAGGAUCGCCUCGAGAUGUACGAACGCCGGGGUGACUGA